AUGUCUCAGCAGUUAUGUUCUGUCUGUCACAGCAUAUCAGAAGACUUUUGGUCCAAUGAAUAUGACCUCUUUGAGUCACGACAUGGAGCCAAGGCGAGACUACAGUCUUACAACGACAUGCAGACACAAAAGAAGAACGGCUGCCAUCUUUGCACAUUAUUCGUUACUUCCCCUCUGCUUGAGAAGCCGAACGAUGCUAACGAGUGUCUUUUCUUACGGAGAAAUGUGGGUGAUCCCCAUCGGUCCUUUUGUCUUGCCACAGAGGGAUAUUCAGCCUCCUUUGCGAAUUUCUACUUCUUUCGCGUACCAGACGCUUGGUGCGAGGGACAAUUCGCAAAGUUAAACAACGAUGUCGACAAUGUCCGUCUAAUGAAAACCUGGCUACAAACUCGCAGAUCGGCACCAGAGGCAACCUCGAAGCAGUCACAACACUUCCUUCCAACCAGACUAUUGGACGUUGGAACUUCCACAAGCAGCGACAACAUACGGUUAGUGGUAGCCCGAGACAUUCAAGCCGCAUCUCCGCAGCCAUACCUAGCCCUGAGUCAUUGCUGGGGUGCAAGUCGCCCUAUUCGACUGGAGGAGAGCUUUCUAGACAGCUGGAAGAAGGAAGGAAUUCCUCUCUACAGUUUACCCACAACUUUUUUCGACGCUGUAAGGAUCACUAGGCAGCUUGGUAUGCGCUACCUAUGGAUAGAUUCGAUGUGCAUUAUUCAGGAUAGCCAUAGCGACUGGAAAAGCGAGGCUGCACUCAUGGCUGAUGUGUACGGCAACGCUUGCUGUACUCUGGCGGCACUGAGCUCCAAAAACAGCAGUGAAGGCUGCAGGACCGUUUCGAACAUUCAGAUUUCUUUAGAUUCGCCUUACGUGGAAGUAAAAGCUGAGCUCUACCGUUCUUCACGGGUCAGGAUUUUCCAAAAGAUGCCACGAGCCUGGACGGAAGAGUUCGAGGGGCGACCUUCACAAUCCAAUGCCGAAACUGAGAGUCCUCUUCGGACACGAGCUUGGGUACUGCAGGAGAAAGAGCUCUCAAGCUGCACGAUCUACUUCGCAAAGAACCAGCUUCUAUGGGAAGAGAAGGGACGCAAAGCAACCGCCCAACUACCCUGGGCGGAAAUUAAGUUGGAAGCACCCUCAGCGACAUCACGUAUGAUACGUGAGACAGCUCUCCGUCAGAUCGUAGGUGUACAACAGCAUCCCUGGUACCAACUCGUAGAGGACUACGCAUCUCGAUCCUUGACUUACCCAAGCGAUAAGCUAGUGGCGUUUUCAGGUCUCGCAAAAGCAUACAGCAAUAACUCCAAAGCGCAGUAUCUCGCUGGGAAUUGGAGUACGAGUCUACCUGCCGCACUCCUGUGGCAGGUAAGUGACAGAAGCGCAACGCGACCAGCAUACCUCGCGCCGUCGUGGUCUUGGGCUUCACUGAUGGGGAGUGUGACUUACGAUAGUCUGAGACUAGAGCCGGAUCACGAUAGCGCCCAGUACGAACAUCCCGAAGAUAUCUAUCCUGGCUUGAAGACCCUGAAUGUCCAGAAUAUUCAGAUUGUAUUGGAAGACGAACAGAAGCCGUAUGGUGAUAUCAUUGAAGGUAGGAUCACUUUAGGCGGUGCGCGCUGUAUUAAAGUCCAGCACGAGCAACGGUCUGCACAGUUCAAAGAUGGUGGUCAGCCUUUGCAACAGCACAAGGUACCAAUAGGAGUCUUCUAUCCUGAUAGCAUUGCAGAGAUUGCAGACCUGCCGGAAAUGUACUGUGUGGCUCUUCAGAGCGAAUCGUUGCGGUCGCUUCGGCGCCACGACUUUCGUCUCAAGCAAGAAAGCGUCAUGAAAUCGAUGGUCAUGGGUGUUGUAUUGGUAAAGCACCCGAAGGACCGGCGGUAUAGGAGGGUUGGUCUUGCUCGCUGGAUAGACGAGUCAUUGUUCGACACCGUGCGACCUACAACUAUUGAGCUUUUCUGA